GAAAGAGGCCCGUGUCCUACCAGCACCUGUCCAGCGGCAUGCUGCAGAAGAGAAACUACGAGAACUUCAUUGUGAACGCGCAUUAUCGACCAAAUGACAAAAAAACUUGAUUUCCUAUUGGGGAAGAAAGGUGUUGCCGGAUGGAAGUGCGUACUGUCCAUGAAAUGAGUUUUGGUUCAUCCCUUGAGGAAGUAAACGGUGAAAGCUACUGAAAUAAGCUGUGACUGUACUGUACAUGGACACGAGAGGGGCGUGGAGGGAACACUACAGUUCUGGGAAGUCGUUCUGUUAACUUUGUACCAAACAGCAGUAAAACCUAGUUGGACCGGUUGGCUGUCCACAGAUGGGGACCGGGAGUCUGUUUUGUCCCCGAAUAAUAUUUUUUUUAGAAUUGACCAAAUAAGUGGAGUUUCUGCAUACUUGAGCGCUGCUGAAAAGAAAUCACUGGGGGCGGGGCGGGUGGGUGGGGAAAGUAUAUAACGCUUGCACCUCAGGUAAAAAUCUGUAAAUAUCUAAGUUGUAAACCUGCUUGUUCAAAUACUGUGUGUAUUCCUUUUCCCUAGUGGAGCUCCACACUUGUAGCAGUUUCUGCUAUUUGUGCUCAUUCAUUUAAAAAUGUAUGUUUUUUUAAAAAUUCUCUGUGAUCUGUAUUAUGUGGAAUCCUCCGGCGUCUGUCGUCUUAACAAAGAGUGUCAACUCGGUCUGAGGUCACUACUCAGACCAAGCACCCUCGUGCCGCACCGGGGCAGACACGCGCUUCACGUCCCCGUGACACGGCCACGGCCACUGGGCUUCCACGGUGCGCGGAGCGGCGUUUCCUCUGCAGAGCCACUUCCAUUUGUUUCAAUCACUUCUGUUGGGAAAUUCACUUCUGUGGGAGUGUGAGCUACAUUAAUCUAUGAAAAUGAUAAAUUACACGUGUGAAUCAGACCCUGGGAAGCAGUCUGAGAGGGAACGGGAGGUCUGAGCGCGGUGUGGCUGGCGUUGGCCGGCGGGCGUCCUCCAGCCGAGGGAGGACACCUUGAUCCUGCAGCGGAGCCGCCGGGCCUGGCGGCUGGGGGGAGAAGCCGCCCUGGGCCUCGCCGCCUUGCCCGCUUCCACCCGCAGGGCAGCAGUGGCCUUUGCCCAGCCCACAGCAGUUUGGGUUUUAGACGAGGCCCGCUUGGUGUUUUAGACUUGUGUUUGUUUAAUGUGCGUCCUUGGCCGAGUUUAUCCGGCAGCUCACGGGUUUAGCAACCACAGAAUAUUUUAUGAAGAAACUUUCAGAAAUAAAUUUGCACUGCUCUUCUUUCCUGCCCUGCCCCUCCACGGAGGGCGAAGUGCUCAAAGAAGCCCGAGUUUUCUUUCCAUUAUGCAGCACGAGGUGUCCUUGGUGAGACCGAAGUCUGAACUCCUGUGUGUAGGGGCCGCCUCUGAGACAGCCGGCCCUGCGGGCAGUGCUUCGGGUCGGGAAAGCGCACACUAGUCCCUGCUCUCCUGCCCACAAGCUGAGCCAUAUGUACAUAGUCUAGACUUGUGUUUUCAUAGUUUUGCACUUUUUAUAGCCUAUUUUUGAAGAUUAACACAUUUGCGAAAUGAUUGAUUGAGUCUCGGCCUAAUCCAGUGAGUGUUACAGAAAGCUUGCUGUGAUGUAAAUGUAAAUCUUAAAAAAAUGGUUUGCGAUAACAGGCUGAGAUUUAAACCUGUAUUUAAAAAAAAAAAAUCACCAAAUCUAUGUGAAAACAAAUCAAUUUGUGUUACGCUGAAAUGUUCUGGGCUUUUGUAUCUCCUUUCCAACAGCAUUUCUGACUGCAUAAAGAUAGCAACUUUUAAACAGCCCUUUGUACUUCAAAGUAUGUUUUUUGUCCAUCAGUAUUAACUAUUGGAAUACUACUGCUUUUGUAUUUUUUCCUUUGAGACAACAGUACAUUCAUUAGAGGUACAAUUUGUUGAAUUUUUGUUUAUGUAUUUAUUUCAUUCCAGUUUGAUUUAUUUUAAUUGUUACUUGUCCAACAGUAGACAUUACUUAUUUUAUUUAUGAUAUAUUUCAGCUUAAAGUUAUGUUAUUAUAUGUGGAUGUAAAUAUAGAUUUGGUGUUUUGCAA